CGUACUUCAGCCAGUUUAGUCAGCCUGUCCCGCAGUCAGUCGCAGUCUUUGUUCGAUACCGUUAACACGUGCUUGCGGAGAGCGAAAGCGUGUAACCCGUAACGUUAGUGCAUUUUUUUGGUGUAAAGUGUGAUUAUUGAGAAUUUUGCAACCCCUGACCGUCGUUCGUGCCUAGCUGCUGGUUGCACUUACAAUUACAUAUUAGAGGGAUUUGCCAUUCCCUCGUUUUGCACGGUGUCCCAUUUGGCUGAACUAGAGAGGAAAAGUUUCGUACCGGUGCUACCUCGAACGAACAAACGUGAACGCGAAGGGAAAAGUUGAACCUAACGAGAAACCAUGCCAGCUGAUGCAUUUUCAAGAAUGGAUUCGUCGGGAUCGUCCGCGGAAUCCUCGGAGCCAAAGGACAUUCCUGCCAGCAUCGAAGCGGCCCUUCUACGGGCACGAACUGAAAGCGAAGGUUCGGAUAUAUCCGGUCCAACACGAUUUGUCCUGCCCGGCACUUCGGGUAGUCCGCCGAAGAUCCUCACCCUAGAGGAGGUCCAGGAUGUCGUUAAAAACAUCGAAAACAUGACCCUGGCGCACGAAAUUGCCGUUAACAGCGAGUUCAAGCUGCAGCCUUACGAACCCCCGGAGAACUCGAUCGAGCGCGUCAUCAAGGAUACGAUGCACCGGGCCUACUGGGACAUUCUAAGGGAGCAGUUGGGCCGGCAGCCACCCUGCUACGAUAUGGCCAUCCAGCUGCUGGUUGACAUUAAGGACGCCUUCCAAAGUAUCCUCAGCAAGAACAACGAACGAGCGCUGGCCAGGAUCAACGAGAUCCUGGACGAAACUGUAAUACGGCAGCAAGCCGAACAGGGUGUGCUGGACUUCCCUGCGUACGCCAAAUUUGUCAUUCACAUCAUGGCCCUCUCGUGUGCCCCAGUGCGGGACGAGGCUAUUGCCAAACUAAAGGACAUCCAAGACGUCUUAGAACUCUUCCGUGGCAUUCUAGAAAUCCUCGCAAUCAUGAAAUUGGACAUGGCAAACUGCUUCCUUGAUGCUGCCCGAAACGAAGUCAUUGCCAAUUCCGUCGAGUACGAGAAGCAAAAAUUCAAACAGUUCCUUGAGCUGUAUAAGGACGGCUUCCCGGAGACGGAAAAGUGGCUCAAACGCAACAAAGUAACCGAAAGCACUGCCGAGAGCGCCGCUGGAACCUCCACUACGUCCACCAGUGACAACCAGCAGCGUCACUCGAAGGACACCAUCUUCAACGCCUAUCUGGAGCUGAUCGAUUGGAACACUGAAAACGAGUUUCCCGAAAUGCUGGAAAUGGAUCGCGAUCGGGUGAUCGGCCUGCAGGGCCGUGCCUCUCGGCUGUGCACCUGUGCGUCAACCCUCGCCAUUACAUGUGCUGCCAUACCGUCGGUCGCGCAAUCAGUCGAGUUGCGCAAAACACUUGCCAAGGAGCUGGCAAUCCUAGUGCAAAACUGCAAUAACACCAAGGAUCUGGACGAUACGAUCGAGAACGUGUGGCUGCACGUACGUUCCGUAAUCACCAACCGGCUGCAGGAACUGAACCAACCCAAACUGGACGAAACGCUCGAGAGCACGCUGAAAACGCAAAUCUUGCAGAUCGCCAAGAAGGAAUCACCGGUGCGAAACCUGCUCUGGAAGCGAUUGCUGACUUUCACCCAGCUGGUGCUAAGAACCAAUAACGCGAUCCCAGUGCCGCCCGGUUUUCAAGAAUUCGCCGACGACGUCGAAGGGCUGGCGAAAGCUUUCAAACGAAUUUCCUACUACAAUUAUGCCGUGUAUGGCGAGUAUUAUCACGAAAUACUAAACAAAGCUUAGUAAGCUAAACUCGAUUGUCGAGUUCUUCCGUACAAGAUCCUUUCUUGAGGUUGUUUUGUUCUGUGUUUCCUACUGAUUAUCGUGAGGUAGAGUGUUUUUCUAUGCUAAUAAAGAAAAAGUAUAGAUAUUGCAGUGGAGCGUCCAGUUGGUUUGUGAUAGAAAAAAAAAGUGUGCUGAAUAACUGACGAUCGCCUCGGAGUGGACACACACGCGGCAUUUGGGAAGAUCUUUUUCUUUUUUUCAGAGGUGCCACUGUAGAGAAGGAACUAGUCAGCAGCCUGUUGAAAAUGGUUCUAAUUAGUAUUUCGUCUCUAUUCUACAAAGCAUAAAUUUAUAUAUAUAUAUCGACACGUAGCCGGUAAUUUUUGUAGUACCUACUACUUAUAUAUAAUUCAUCAUCAGCAACAAUUAUCUAGUAAAGCGGCGGGAGUAUUACCUACGCUACAUUUAAACAUUAUCCACACGUACUGCUGCUACUACAUUUAAAUCAAUGGGAUGCGACAAGCGCCUUCACUCGGUAAACUAACCCCCCACUUCCUGUGUACUCGUACUACUAUACUACUAUUGAUAAAGUCUUAUCCACCAGACUUGUAAAAUAUUUACUGAUAUAUGUAUGAAUAAAUUUUACAGCAAAACUGA